AUGAAAGAUAUAGAUCAUCUAUUAAAUUAAGAAAAGGAGUAAAAAGAUAAAUUAAUAAAGGAAAUGUAAGAGAGAGACAAAUAAUUAUAAGAACAAUAUUUUUAAUAAUAAUAUGAGAAAUAAUUGUAAAAAGAAUAAGAAUCAAAGAAGAGCAAAAAAGCUUAAAAAGAGAGUGAAAAGAAGAAACAAUUAGAAGAACAACUUAAGAAUGUUAGUCCUCUUGAGAAAUUCAUGGAACAAAUAAAUAAAAGAGCUAAAGUUGAAGAUAUUGAAUGA